AUGGUAAAAUCAUAUCUUCGUUAUGAACCUUAUAAAACGUUCGGUGUUAUAGCUAGUGCGUCAUCGAACGUUGUGCUUUCUGGAGACGGUAAACUUGCUAUUUCUCCGGCAUUAGAAGAUGUUACUCUUUGGGAUUUGAAAAAGGGUAUUCUGGUUGGAAAAUGGCAUGAUAUCGAUAACAAGUCAGAGGUUACGGUGAUAGCAAAAAGUCCAAAUAAAGUUGAUUAUGCCGUCGGAUAUGCAGAUGGAUCAAUUCGAAUUUGGGAUAUUGAGAAAUCAUCGUAUUCAGUUAUAUUUAACGGUCAUCGAGGAGCAGUGACUGCGUUAACAUUUGAUAAGACUGGAACAACAUUAGCUUCAGGAUCAAAAGAUACUGACCUUAUUAUAUGGGAUAUAGUUGGAGAAGUUGGUCUUUAUAGGAUGCGUGGCCAUAAAGAUCAAAUCACUUCAAUCCGGUUUCUUUCAAAACCUUCAUUGGGGAGUCACGAUACAAUUUCUUCAUUCGGAUAUAUCCUAUCUUCAUCAAAAGACACACUUCUAAAAUUAUGGGAUUUAACUACCCAACAUUGUAUAGAAACAGUUGUGGCUCAUCGUAGCGAAAUAUGGGAUUUUGAUAUAUCGAAAGAUGAAAAAAUGUUGGUGACCGGUAGUGAUGAUACUGAAUUCAAAGUAUGGACCGUAGAUCAUGAAGUUCUAGCUAAAGGACUAGAAAUUGACGAUUCAAUGAAAGAAGAAGAAAAUGAGGAAAAGGAGGCCAAGAAAGCGAUUCAAUUUUUUGGAAAUGUUAAAAGACAAGGAAAAAAUCGAGUUAUUACGAUAAAAUUUCAUUCAAAUGGUAGUUUAUUAGGCGUUCAGGGACCUGAAAAAUCUGUAGAAAUUUAUCGUAUUCGUACACAUGAAGAAAUUAAAAAGAAAUUGACCCGUAGAAAAAAGCGUCAAAAGGAAAAGCAACAAAAGGUUGAAUCUAAAAACCAAGAUGAGAAUGAUGUUAUGGAAGUUGAUGGUGAAGAACGUCCUCUUUGUGCAGAAGAUUUAAUAACCCCGUAUCAAGUUAUUCGAACGGGAGGAAAAAUACGAUCUUUUGAUUUUUCAGCAACUGAAAAUAAUCGUAAAGUUAGUUCGAUACAGAUACUCACUUCCUUGACGAAUAAUACGCUAGAAACAUACACUUUAGACCUUCCAAAUAAAAUGAAUAAAGAUGUCGCGGUAUUAUCAAAAUUAUAUACCGUCGAACUUCCAGGUCAUCGCAGCGAUAUUAGAACUUUAGCUCUAAGUUCUGAUGAUAAUUUAUUAUGUUCAGCAUCCAAAGAUUCGCUCAAGAUUUGGAAUAUACAGACAACUUCUUGCAUUCAAACGAUGGCAUGUGGAUAUGCGCUAUCCUCGGCGUCUUUAAUAGAGUCAAUUGAAGCACAUGAGAGGGCUAUAUGGUCUCUACAAGUUAGGCCAGACAAGAAAGGAUUAGUGACAGGAGGUGCUGAUGCAAAUGUCAAAUUUUGGGAUUUUGACAUGGUGGAAGGAGAUUCCCAUGGAGAUGAUGGGGUUGUACCCAAACGUUUAACUCUGAUUCAUUCUCGUACACUGAAAAUGACCGAUGAUGUGUUAUCCGUCCGUUAUAGUCCAAAUCAAAGGUUAAUUGCUGUUGCAUUGCUAGACGCAACCGUAAAAGUAUUUUAUAAUGACACGUUGAAAUUCUUUUUGUCAUUAUAUGGUCAUAAGUUACCUGUAUUGUCAAUGGACAUUUCUUCGGAUAAUAAACUAUUAGUUACAGGCUCAGCCGAUAAAAAUAUUAAGAUAUGGGGUCUCGAUUUUGGUGAUUGUCACAAAUCGAUAUUUGCUCAUCAAGACAGUAUCAUGUUUGUACAAUUUGUUUCAGACACACAUUAUAUUUUUACAUCUAGCAAAGAUAAAUUGGUUAAAUAUUGGGAUGGUGACAAGUUCGAGAAUAUAAUGAAACUUGAAGGACAUCAUGGAGAAGUAUGGUCUUUGGCAAUUGGCAAGCGCGGGGACUUGCUAGUUUCCGGGUCUCAUGAUAGGUCAAUUAGGGUUUGGGAACAAACUGAUGAACCGCUGUUUCUAGAAGAAGAACGCGAAAAAGAAUUGGAUGAAUUAUACGAGUCCACUUUAACUACCUCAUUGGAAAAAACUAGCCUUCAAGAUAAUACUAUAGAAGUGUCAUCAGCUGGUAAACAAACUAUGGAAACUCUAAAAGCCGGUGAAAGAAUAAUGGAAGCAUUGGAUAUCGCCGAUGAAAACGCCGCUGCAUGGGAAACAUAUAAUCAGUUUAAAGAACAAGGUAGAAAUCAUGGACCACCACCAAAGCCAAACCCUAUUUUGGUAGCUCUGGGAAAUCUUACCGGAGAUCAAUAUGUAUUGAGAAUUGUUGAAAAAGUGAGAUCGACCGAAUUAGAAGAAGCUUUAUUGGUUUUACCGUUCACCAAGGAAAUAAAUAUUACAUUAACAUGUCGAAUAUUAUUUUAUCUUCUUAAAGUUCAUCAUGAUCAAAUCGUAGCGAACCGACUUAUGAGACCUAGAUUGGAUUCUCUAAGAACACAUAUAAGAAUUGUCUUAAAACGUCAAAAGGAUUUACUUGGAUAUAAUUUAGCGGCGUUAAAAUAUAUCAAACGUGAUUGGGAAAUUAAUAGUACCACAGAGUUUUUCGAUCCAACAUCGGAUAACGAAGAAAUAGUUGAUGAAUCUUCAAAAAAGAGGAAAUUCAUCACUGUUACUUCUUAA